GAUUUUUUUUUUUGGCUGCUCAACAUUCCUUUAAAAACUAGAAGCCCUCAGUUCAGUGAUCAGAGAGCUUUAGGUUAACAAACUGACCAAGAAGAGUCAGAGUCAGGGAAUUAAGAGAAAAAACAAACAAUCAAAAGCAAAGGAGUCAGAAAACCUACGAAACACAGAAGACACAGAGACUGUGAAGUGAAGACGUGGUAACACUCCACCUCCAACAUGGACAGUGGCCUUUUGAUGCCAGCCCCAGUCUGCCUAAUUGAAAACAGUAAUGGGCAAUUCAGGGUGAACCAGGAAGCACUGAAGGUCCUUACUACAAUUACCCAGCCUGUGGUGGUGGUGGCGAUCGUGGGACUCUAUCGCACUGGAAAAUCCUACCUGAUGAACAAGCUGGCAAGGCAGAAAACUGGUUUCUCCCUUGGUUCCACAGUGCAGUCUCACACCAAGGGCAUCUGGAUGUGGUGUGUUCCUCAUCCCAAGAAACCAAAUCACACCCUCAUUCUUCUGGACACUGAGGGGCUGGGUGAUGUGGAGAAGGGUGACAAUAAGAAUGACACGUGGAUCUUUGCCCUGGCAGUGCUACUGAGCAGCACCUUUGUCUAUAACAGCAUGGGCACCAUCAACCAGCAGGCCAUGGACCAGCUGCACUAUGUGACAGAACUGACAGAUAAAAUCAAGACAAAAUCUUCCCCCAGCACUGAGCAGAUGAAUGAUUCCAUGGAAUUUGCGAGCCUUUUUCCAGACUUUGUGUGGACUGUGCGUGAUUUCACCUUGCAGUUGGAAAUUGAUGGGCAGCCUGUCACCUCUAAUCAGUACCUGGAGAAUGCCCUGAAACUGAAGAAAGGUACCGGUGAAGAAGCCAGAAUAUGUAUCCGGAAGUUCUUUCUAAACAGGAAAUGCUUCAUCUUUGUCCCACCUGCUCACACAAAUAAGCUCAAACAGCUUGAGGAACUUCAUGAUGAUGAACUUGAUGUUGACUUUGUGGAAAAUACUAAAAACUUUUGUGAUUACAUCUUCAAUGACGCUAAGGCCAAGACUCUCCCAGGAGGUGGCACGAUCAAUGGGCCCCGUCUAGGAAAACUGGUCCUGAACUAUGUUGAGGCCAUCACUAGUGGAGAUAUUCCCUGUGUGGAGAAUGCAGUCUUGGCACUGGCUCAGCUAGAGAACUCGGCUGCAGUUCAAAGGUCCCUAACAUUGUAUGAAGAGAUGAUGAGACAGAAGGUCCACUUCCCCACAGAAACCCUUCAAGAACUGUUGGACGCACACGUCAUCUGUAAGAGUGAAGCCACUAAAUCCUUCAUCAAGGACUCUUUCAAGGAUGUGAACCAGGAAUUCCAAACAACACUGGAGAUUCAGCUAGAAGCCAAGCUAGAUGACUUCCAUAAACAUAAUGAAAGAGAGUCCCUAGACCGGUGCACUGCUUUGCUUCAGGAUCUUUUCAGUCCUCUGGAGGAAGCAGUGAAGCAGAACACCUUCUCCAAACCAGGGGGCUAUGGCAUGUUUCUUCAGAAGAAGCAAGAGCUCAUAAAUAAGUACCACCAGCACCCCAAGAAGGGGAUACAGGCAGACAAGACUUUGGAAGAAUACUUGAAGUCAAAGGAAACUGUAGCUGAUGCAAUUAACCAGGCAGACAAAAUGCUCACUGCAAAAGAAGAAGAGAUGAAAGAGCAACAGAGGAAAGCACAAGCUGCAGCAGAUGCUGCAAGAGAGUUGGAAAUACAGCGAAGAAGGCAGGAGCAGAUAAUGCUGGAAAAUGAAAAGCGACAGCAAGAGCAACAAAGGCAAAUGGCUGCCAAUAUGGAAGCCCAGAGGAGGCAGAUGUUGGCAGAGCAAGAGAGAGAACAGGCUAGGAGACUACAGGAACAAGCACGAUUUCUCCAGGAACAGCAAAGGAGGGAGAUUGCUGAACAACAAUGCCGGAUCCAGAAUUUGGAGGCCCAAUAUCAUAACCUUAACUCACAUGAUAACUGUAUUAUAUUGUGAAGACAAGAGCUUCACGUCUCACUCACCCACAGCUACAGUAUCAUUUAAAUGACAAAUAUUUUUCCUUGGGACAGUGCACAAGAGACCCAGCUUGCUGAAAUAAGAAUGGAAUUAUACAAUUGUAUGAUUAAAGGUAUCUCAGAAAGCAUUUGUCAAACCUGA